AUGACCAGCCUCAGAUCGAUAAUCCCUGGGAGAACCAGGCGGAGGGGUGACUCAAUGGUUACUAACGGCCCUCCCUCGCCAAGCCCCAUUCAAUGGACUGACUUCGCCCGGCGGGGCUUAUUCGUAGAGACGCCGGGAGCCCUCUCGCGGAUGACAACGAACGAGAAUGGUGCGCUACACAGUGCUGUUCCACUUAGCGCAUUGAGUGGCCUGCAAGACACGAGUUUGGCAAAUACACCGAGGAAAUGGACUCAAGAAGAUCAAAACAAAAAGGACGAGGAUGCCCGGCUUAAAGCCCUGAAGGAGCUAGUGAUAUCGUGGACGGAGCGUUUGCAGCUCAUAUCUGUCAUCACAACAUUCUUCGCCGCUAUAGAAUCGCAAUUGCUAGGUAUCGUCACACCCGGCGAUAAUGACUCGAUUUCAGGUGCACGCAGUGCCUCCGCCGCUACCUUGUCCAGUGCACUGGUAGUGCACAGCUUCGCAGCUGGUAGUAACACUGAUCGGGGAUCCCUCACAGCCAUCCUCUCCUUUGUUGCCGCAUUCUUCCUCGUGCGCUUCCGCGUCCACGAAGCGAAUCAGCAGGAAAUCAAAGUAGAGCAAAAGCUAGAGAACGGGUCCGCCCCAGGACCAGAGAAUCACAAGCUAGAGCCUGGUCAGACGAUCCCGCCGCUGUCAGGCGUGCCCGUAUGGUCUGCGAACCCGACGCUCGAGCAAGUUGGUCCGCUCCGCAGGGGAAAGCCGCCAACUCACCUCCUCGAGAACUGUCAUACCCUAUGCAUGAUCCUGUCCGUUGUUGGCUUCGUCCUUGCCAUGGUAGGCAUCAUGUCCUACGUCUGGGCGAUGCUGCCCUGGAGCUCCAGAGUGCUGUCGACCGUGACUAUCGGCUUGUCCGUCGUAUCCUCGGUUGUCGCGGUGCUCUUGCCUCAAAAUGUCAGCAUAUUAUCGCCGAGCCAUGUCGUCGACUCUUGAUCACACUUCGGCCGUCUUUAAGACGCCAUACUUGCAUUCCUGUAAUGACCCUAUAGUACUGCACCCUCUUCUAAUUGUAUGCAUGCAUGCUGGCAGAAACUAGAUAACAAAGUCGC